AUGCGUUUCUCUCUCAUUGUGAUUCUCGCGAGUGCGUAUGCACGUGCGUCCCUUGGUGGUACUCUUGAGAUCAUUGAUAUUGACAAGAAAUGCGCGAUCUGGUCCAAUGACAAUCAUGGCUGCACGGGGUCUUCCGCCUUCUUCAGUCAACUUGAUGGAGAUUAUUGUUCAAAGUUGGACAAAGUCGCCAACAGCACCCAUCCAGGCUACCCUAUGCGUGGUGCGGAGGCUUGCGGCACGGAAGACAAUUCAUCCGCUGCAUGGGUUAAGGUUGAAGAAACCGGCGUGAUCACAUUCUACAAUUUUCAAGGAAACAAGUCGAGAUGUACAUUGGACAAUGGACUCAAGCAUGGCAGCCGGUGCACCGCCUCAGACGUGCUACCCGCCACCGAAUCGUCCUCUAUCAAGUCGUCCUACGCGCAAUCGUCCACCUCCGAACCGUCUUCUAUCAAUCCCUCUCCUAUCGCGUUGUCUUCUGCCAUGUCUUCUUCCGCUUUCACGACGCUGGAAUCUUCGUCCUCAGCUACGAAGCCAUCGACCACUUUCCAGACCGCGCCUAUCUCUGAUUGUUCCUGA